AGCUCCUAGGAGGAAUGGAUAUGAACUUGGUCACACUUUUGGCUAUUCUAACAGUUGCGGUUAGUCAGACAUCUGAGACUUUGUUUCCUGGGGCCUUUAACUGUUGCACAAAAAUUUCAGAUGAAAUUCCCAAAGGAAUUCUCCGAAGAGUGGAGAGGUUUGAAAUCCAGAAAGCAGAUGGCCUAUGUCACCUAGAAGCUGUUAUCCUCUACAUAGAAGGGAAAAAGUUCUGUGUGAGUCCACGAAUUAGAAAAGUCAAAACAUGGAUGAAGAAGAAUAAGCACAAGAUUCCCAGAAAAAAACCUCAUGGUAGAAGGCAGAGAAGAACCAGAAUUAUGAAAAAGAAAGGAAAGAAACAGUAACACCUGUG